AUGGGGAAGAGGAAGAGGAAGAGGAAGAGGAAGAGAAGGGCUGUCAAGUUAAACGUUAAGGAAUCAGAUAGUAUUGGACAUGUCAAAGCGUUGCUACAUGAUAAGGAGGGCAUACUGGUAUGUCUUCAACAGCUGCUUUCAGGAGAUAAUAAGCUAGUGGAUGGACGGAAGCUAGUUGAUUAUGGCAUUUGCGAGAACUCCACCCUUCAUGCUAAUGUUGAAGAUUCAAUCCCAAAGAUCAAACUAUAUGUAAAGAGAUCGUAUGCUGAAGGCAUCAUUGCUGUUAUUUCAAAGAUGUAUAUUACUAUCCAGGAUAUCAAAUCUAGGAUUCUGGCCAAAGAAGGAACAAGCUCGGGCAAAUUCUCUCUUUUUCAUGAUGGAAAGUUUCUUGAAGAUGGCAACACCUUAGCUUAUCUCAAUAUUGAUGAUGGAUCAACCCUUCAUCUGGUGUUCAAUCCAGAAGACAGAUUUCUAAUUAGUGUUGUAAUGCCAGAUUAUCAAGUCGAACAAAUAGAAAGUCAGGGCUAG